AUGAUGAGUGCAGAGCACAGAAAGAUUCUCGAAAUUUUGGAGGGCAUCAAACAGAACGUGAACGUGGAGGUACCUUCUGAUGUAAUCUACCUAAAAACAUUGCACGAGAUGAUAGAGGGUGAGUUGAGCGGGAGAGUGCCAGCUGAGCACGAAACAGCGAUACGGGCUGAUAAUGUGAGUGACGGGCCCGGUGGGGAACAUUUGCAGAACGGUGCCGGUGCUUACGCUGAAAACGUGACUGAGAAGGAGAAUUGUGCCGGUAACACGGUAAUUGGUGCGAAGGACACCGCACAUACUACAAAAAACGGUGUUUUACGUGUGUAUAAGAAGCAGAUAACUCUUUGGCUGCUGGUUCUUCUGAACAAUCCCUUCAAUUUAUCGUUUUUAAACACGCACAAUUUCAUUUCCUUUAUCCUGGAUGACCUGCAGUGCGCUGCCCUGUUAGUUUCUAACUUGAUGAAAAAUUCUGAAAAUGAGCAGUUCUAUCGGGAGAAUGAAAUUUUGGGAAAUAAAAUUAGCGAAACAAAGUACUACGAAUUUCUCUACCACCUCUCCAAAAAAAUAAAAUUAUACGAUUUUUGCAGCACCGGCACGGAUAAUCAGCCGUGCACAGCUGCGAAAAGCCAUGAUGACAAGUACACCGGUAUGUCCCAUGAUCUCGUAAAAAAACUGAACUCAUUUAUAAAACCGACCGAUACCGAAACUUUAAAGGCACUAAAAUACAAAAUAAUAACAAACCAAGGCAUGUACAACCGUAUAGACAAGCAGCCGGUACUCGAUACUCUUUUUCUGCAUCUCAAGCAGGGCAGUGCAAGACACUCCCUCACACUUUCGUACUCGAUCUCAAAGUUUAACUUUGAUGCCAAGGAACUCUUAGCGUGUUUCUAUGGUCCGGUUUUUUGUAGAGAAGGCCUGUGGAUCAAUACACUGCUGAUCUUGUGCUUUAAAGUUUUGGAAAAGAAGGUGCACAUCAGGAUAGCGGAUGAGAGCGGUGCUGCUGGCGGGGAAAAUGAUGAAAAAAAAGGAAGUGGCGGUAUUGGUACGGUGAGUAGGACGUGUGAUACGAACAACAUAGCAGGUAGCAAUGGAACAGAAAAUUACGGUAACAAAUUUAUUGCACCUGAAAUGAUUGCGGAUAUUCUCCUCAAAACUGUUUUUUUCGAAUGCAAGAACAGAUAUGCACAAAAAAUGAGGGAAACCGCACUGUUUUUAAUUUACUGCAUGUUGAGGAGCACCCUCUACAGCGGCAGCCCCAGCACUGAACAUAAAGAAAGCGGUGCGCAAGGGGAUGUGCACGUAAGCAAUGCUAUCACGCUGCAGUUUCUUAGAAGCAUGCUUUUGAGCGUUUCUCUCCUUGAUAACCAGCUUGAGUGCAGAAGAGCAGCCUGCUCCAUUCUCAUAGAACUGCAAGCCUAUGGCAAAACAGAAUUUCUUCCUUUCAUCGAUUUUUACAGGGUGAAAAGAAAAAAUAACGCUCUCAACCUGCCACAGGAAUACUACACCGGGCUGUUGAAGCAACGAUUGAUCGUCAAAAUAUUCGAUCACGACCUCGAAAUGCAAAUUAUCUGCCUUGAAUGGAUGAAGAAGCAUGGCAAAGGCAUAAAAUUGAGACAAACGAUCAAGAAGGACGAGUACAGUCUCUGUGACUUGGUGGAAGAGCAUGAAUUCCGUGAAUGUGCUGCAGGUGAAACAGGGGAGAGCUUGUGUGCCAGCGGUGAGUGCAGCAGCAGCGCUACCAGCGAGUCCAUUUCCUACACCACAGCGCUUAUAGCGUAUCUAUUUCUUGAUCAAAUAGACAAAAUACAAAUUAUUUUUGAUAGUUUUGCACUGGAAGAUAAAAAAUUUGUGUUUUUUGCAGACGCGUACCUGAAAACAACGAUUUUUAAACAUUUCGAUUUCAAAGGCGAAUGCCAUUUUUACGAUAUGGUGGAAAACGUGGCAGCAAAAAGCGAAAGAAAUGAAAGGUUUGAUCACAAUGGUCUGUUCAACGUGCGUUACAUCGACUCGAAUAGAAAUAGGCACGUGAGCGAUCACAAUCUUGUGUUCCUUUUGGACAACGAUUUACACCCGCACCUCACCAUGUUCUUGCACAGCACGCUUGAGAGCGAUUUUCUCUUCAAAAGGCUGCUCAAGAAAAAGAGUCUCAGUUAUUUCCUGGCCAACGCGUUUAACACGAAGUACUUUGCGGAGUAUUUGGAGUUGGUAAGGGGCAUGCUGAGCGAUAGGGAGGUAGAACGGGUGCAGAUCGGUAUAAAAUGCGUAUACACAAUGUAUAGGAUGUACGGAGGUGCAGAUUUACACAAAGGCACAGAGCAGAACGCGAACAGCAUCAAUAACACGCUAGGAGAACGGAACAUAAGUAAUUCUGUUGGAUGUUGCACUCUUCGAGAGCUGCUUGGACACGCCGUUUCUACCAACCUUAACAACUAUACGAUUAAUUACAAGGGAGACGUAGGACACCGUUGUAGAAAGGAGUGUUUGUUCCUUUUGUUCUACCUGAAAGACAAAAGUAUGAAUUACUACAUCAUUAAGUACCUGUUCGACAAGAACAAAGAAUUGAGAGAGAUUGUAAUUUCGUUUUUAAGAGAAUUGGGGGUGCUUAAGAACGUAAAAGGGUACAAAACCGUUUAUAUCAGCGGGAGACGAUCAUGUGAGGGUAUAGAGCAUUUGUUGAGCAGUGUUGUGAGGGGUAGCGGAAAUGAUCUGUGCCAUGACAGUGAACUACACGAUGAGAACGAUCUGCGUGCUGAUAGCACUGAUUCACGCUACGAUGUAAGCGUAAAUGGCAAUCGAAUGAGUACCGGUCACGUACCGAUAGAUGAUAACACGGCAUCAUUUCUUUCCUCUUUGGAUGCUGAGUACAAAAAUAUGUGUUCAGCACUGAGCAGUGAAAAGGCCUUGUUUAAGUGUGCCUUUCUGAGCUUUGGAACUCUGAAAAUGGAGUAUAGGAUCGGCUUUGCCAAGGCGAUUCUCUCCUAUUUCGUGAACUGUGAUGGUUCAAUUUACGAGGUUUUAUCCUGGGGCAUUACCGAGUAUCUGAUCGAUUACCUGGUGUACGUUUUGGAGGGACAGCGAAGAGAAGUUUACUGCUGUUUGAGAGGCAUUCUUAAUCUGUUGGGGCACUCUCAUCAGGAAAGAGCGGAUGAACAGAGCAAUGGUGUGAGUGACAGGAUAAGGAAUGACCAAGAGCUAAAAGCACGGAUUAGCAGCAUUAAUGAUGAAAAACUGAAUGGAUUGAGGGAUGAAAUAGUAAAAAGAAUGCAAUGGAGAUGAUACACACUCCGCGAACGUGGUCACAGCUAACAGUAGCACGCCACUACAGAAGGUGCCAUGGUCAUGAUUUAUGGUAAAACAGUGCAAAAGUAACGGUCAUUAUUUUGCAAUGCUUGUGAACGGUCUACAAAUAUUUUGUGGGCGUUUAAACACCUCUCUAUGAUCAUUGGUCCUCGAACCAUAAUUGCUUCGGCCAUCGAAGGGAAAAGACAUCUCGCAUUACUUUUUAGUUUAUUUUGACCUACAAGAUUUUAAAUUGUAACAUCAACCCGUAAAACAUGGCAAUGCCACGCAUUAUGUGCGUACGGCCUAAAAUGACCAACGAGAAAGAUAUGGGCAGCAGGAUCGGGAUUACGUAGCGGUAGUAUUUGGGUAAAAUGUAAUUUAGAGUUCUACUUUUAGCGUUCAAGAAUGUUCCGUUCUCGUUAACACGGCCCGUUCAUGGCGCACCAAAUUAAAUGUUUCGUUCUCGUUAACACGGCCCGUUC